CACUCCAGCCCCGUCCCCUUUACCUCAGCCUACAACUACAGACAACGUCGUCAAUCUUUCCUCUCUCCCCCUCACCUCUGCCCAUAUUAGUGUCCUAUCUAAGGGCAGCGGCUUCUGUCCCACUCAAAAAAACUUCAAUCUUUUCCAGUUCAUCAAGGACACCAAAGAAUAUACCCGCCGCUGUAGACUCUUAGAAUACUUCGCUGAAGUGGACUCUCUUCCCCGCUCUGAUAUUCCCCCCAAACUCUAUGUCAAAAGUAACUGGACCCCCCCUUCCGGCCGUAAUGCUGCCCUCGACCUCUAUUGUGACAACAUCGAGAAGUCGGCACUCAAUAGCAAAAUGAUAGACGGAAACCAAUUUCACUUUAAAUCUAAAGACAACCUCAAUGGAGCAGAAAGAAAAGCUCUCCAUGACCUUAUGCACGAUAAUGAUCUCACUAUCCGUGAGGCUGACAAAGGUGGUUCCCUUGUGGUCAUGAACACCAGUGACUACAAACACGCAUUAAACAUCAUGCUUAACAAUCCCACCCUAUACAAACCACUCACUUCAGACCCAACUUCCUCUCACCUUAAGGCUAUUCACAAACAAAUCCGUACACUGGAACAAUUUAAAGUGAUAUCCCCCGAAAUCCACAAGAGUAUUCUCCACGGUGAGGUAUCCUGCCCCCACUUUUAUGGCCUCCCUAAGAUCCACAAACCAAACAAACAAGGCUCAAUACUUCCUCCUUUUAGGGGCAUCAUUUCACAAAUCAGAGGCCCUACCACUAGAGCCUCCUACUGGCUAGACAGCAUCUUUAAACCCCUCGUCCCCGACUUCUGCGGCAACCAUUGGGUCAAGGACAACUUACAUGUCCUUCAAAAAAUUAAAACACUGAAUGAAAAAAGGCAAAUUACAGACAACACCAACAUUUUGGCCAUAGACGUAGUAGACAUGUACAAUAACAUCCCACACAAAGAAGGAGUCGAAGCCUGCCGCUUUGCUCUCGCUAGCCUCACCACAUACACCCCAUGUCAAAUUAGAGAAAUUUGUCAACUCCUGGAACUAGUCCUUACACUAAACAACUUCUCCUUCAACGACCAACAUUUUCUUCAACUCACAGGAACAGCCAUGGGAACACCUGUAGCUCCUUCCUAUGCCAACAUUUUUAUGGCAGAAUUUUGGCGUAAAAACAUCGCCCCCCUUCCCAACCAACCCUUUUUGGUCAUGAGAUACAUGGACGACAUUAUCGCCCUACAUGAUGGUAAUUCUCAACAGACGCAUCAAUUUCUUUCGGACAUCAACAGCGUCCAUGACACCAUCAAAUUCACACACUCCAACCCCGGAAAGUCUACAGCUUUCCUCGACCUCUCCAUCCACCUUCUCAAUAACAACAUUGAGACAGACCUCCACCUCAAACCAACCGACUCUAAGCGCUACCUCCCCCCUUCUUCCAACCACCCCAAACAUAUUUUCCGUUCGGUUGUUUACAGUGGUGCGCUCCGACUCCGACGCAUCUGUUCCAGGGAUGAAUGGUUUAAUGCUAGAAUUACAGAUUUCAGGGAAAACCUUCUGCGCAGUGGAUACCAAAACAGUUUUAUAACCCCCAUCAUAAACAAAGUGUGCAAACUCAGGCACAAGGAUCUGCUUAGCUACAAACUCCACAAACCUCAUCAGAAAAGGCCAUUCUUUGUCACCACUCACCACCAAAAGCUGCCCAAUGUCCACAACAUACACAACCAGAACAAAGACAUUUUAGAAAAAUCUGACAAGAUGAUGAAGUGCUUCCCUCAGCCCCCUUUAAUCGCUCUCCGACAACCC